CCUCAACCAUUUGCGCUCGAAAUGCCUGAUGGGCUGGUCCCCGCGUCAAUACCGACCGAGACCCGCACCUAAAGAUAGUGCUCGACCUCCCUAGAAUUUGUGCGAGAUGCGGGCGCGGUGUCUAUUGACUACACUGGCUUGACGAAUGGGUUGAGCAGGACCGGAUGGCAAGACCGUAUAAAAGCUGGUAGGCUACGGAGAGAGAGAGCAUCCAUCCAGAAACCAAUAUUUCUCUCAGUCCCAACAAUGUCUAUCCGAUCCAGUCUCCUCAGCUUUGUUGUGCUGGCCGCGUUCGUGUCCGCGGCUCCCUCGCAAACGGAUACCGCCAAACGCGCCACCUGCACUGUAAACAGCGUCGCCAGCGCGUCUGGGCUUUCUAGCUGCACAGACGUUGUCAUCGAGGCGUUCACUGUCCCCGCCGGCGACACGAUCACGAUCGCGGCGGCGAGCGCGAGCGGCCCGCUCAUCACUUUCGACACAGAUAACAUCAACUUCAACGGUGGAAACAACAAGAUCGAUGGCAACGGCGCUCUAUACUGGGAUGGCCAGGGCACCAACGGAGGAUCCUUCAAACCCCAUCCUUUGGUGAAAUUCAAAGGCUACGGCACUUUCUCGUCCGUGACGGUUCUGAACACCCCCGCCCAAGCGAUCUCGGUCGGUACCACGGACACAUCGACCAUCCAGCAGGUCACGGUCGACAACUCUGCCGGCGCUUCCCUCGGCCACAACACCGACGGCUUCGACAUCAGCGCCGACUCCGUCACCGUCUCCCAGUGCCAAGUCACGAACCAGGACGACUGCGUCGCGGUCAAUUCGGGCGACAGCGUGCUGAUCGAGAACACGACGUGCACGGGCGGGCACGGCAUCUCGAUUGGAUCAUCGUGUCCGGCAAAUCAUGACGAACUUCCGCGCGACGGGCAACACGGUCAGCAACAGCAAGUACGGGCUGCGCAUCAAGGUCGACGCGGACGCGACGAGCGCCCAGGUCUCGGGGGCGACGUACUCGGGGCGAGUGGCACAUCCUUUGCCGUCGAACACAUGUCCGCUGACCAUCAUCGACGCACAGAACACGCUGUCUGGGAUCAGCGACUACGGAAUCCUCAUCUCGCAGAGCUACCCGACCGAGGACGGCUCCACCGUCGGCACCGGCGGUCCCAUCUCCGGGUUGGCGUUCACCGGCGCCCGACCACUCUCGCUGUCGACUCGACUGCCUACUCCGUGGUUGUGAACUGCGGCGCCUGCUCUGGCACCUGGGACUGGUCCGAGCUCGACGUCACUUCCGCUGGGGAUGGUCACCAAGCUCUCCCUUGACAAGGCUACGGUCAGCUCCGUCAUCGCAGCAGGGUCCUACAUACGACUGAUAUUUCCUCUCAGAUCUCGGGAGGGCACCUACUAGUGACUUCUGCUAAGAAGAAUUAGCAAACAUCCUGCCCCUGCGUUACCUAACAAAAAUAUAUACGCUCGAAU